GUUUCUGAAAAUCACCAUUUUGUUGUGAAGCAACAUGGCUGUGAGACCGUCCACAUAACAUGGUCAGUAGAUAACAGAACGUAUAUGAUUGGGGGAUGUCAUGGUGUAUAACUUUGCGCUACCUUGCACUGACUAUAUGUGUUACGGUAGUAGUCAACAAGCCGCUAAAACCACUGACGCAAUAUGGGGAAAUUACACUGGCCACGUACAAUAUAUGGAACAUUAUGUUCAAUUGGGAUAUCAGAAAGUACAGAAUUGCUGAAAUGAUCCGUGAUGUUAAUCCUGAUAUAAUAGGAUUUCAGGAAGUGAGAUCUGAUAGCUGGUCCGGCAGUUGGCAAGGUAGAAAUCAACUGACAGAACUACAGGAACUGUUACCCUAUCAUAAAUGGAAGGCAUUUGUUGCAGUGCAACAUGUCAAGGAAUAUCCUGGAACUGUACAUGGCUUGGGUUUUAGUGUUGAAGGCCUUGGUCUACUCAGUCGACAUCCCAUACUGAAUACCACCACACAGCAUCUGACAGUGACUGCAUCAUCACCGGAUAAAAACAAUCGUCAUGUUCUUCAUGUUAAUGUCCUCGUACCUAACAUUGGUGCUGUGCACGUAGCAGUUGUUCAUCUAUCCUACGACAGAAACCAACAAUGUAAUAAUGUAUUAGAAAUAGCACAAUAUCUACAAGAUUCUCAUUUUCCACUCUCUGUUAUAAUGGGAGAUUUCAACAUCUACCAAGGGUUUGAACAACCACUGGAGAGACUCAUGAAAGGUUACUUCACAUCUAGUAGUGGCUGCCCUAAAAACACCUUCCUGGAACACAUUCAGGAUCCCAGUAAAACAACAUUAUAUAAAGAUGCAUGGAAAGAGACGCAUGCCCAUGAGGACGGCUUCACGUUCAGUAACAUGCCUGCUCCUGGAAUGGAGAGUCGUCCAGAUCGUAUCCUGGUUUCUGCAAAUGACUUGAUGGUGAAAGAUGUGAAUAUACUAGGAGAUGGCCAGUCAUACCGAGAGCAAUUCAUUGACCGUAUUUGGUGGAAUCGUCUACACACAGUGAUCAAUUCGGCAUAUUUGUCUUCCAUUGGUAUUGCUGGUCGGUCGUGUAGCCAUGACUGUGGGCCACAUGGAUCCUGUCGGUGUGGAGUGUGCGUUUCUGGUGGUAACAAACAAUCUUGUCACUUACCGCAAUGUUUUGAGUGCAAUAAUGAUGUUUAUCGUCACAUGCUUCUUAUCAUAGUGGUUUUUGCAAUAUUUUUUAUUCAGUUUUUGUAUGCAGUCUUACAAGUGUUGUUUAUUCUGAACAAAAAGAACCAGCAGAUGAUGCAGUCAAUGGGGUGCAACUGUUGUCUAUGUUACCCUGGCUUGUACACCACGUCUGGUGGCAUGCAUCGUUCUCGUUGGCGGUUGUGUCGACUUUUAGCUAAGCUGUGGCCCCUCUGUAGAUUCCCGGCACUGUUUCAGAUCAUCCUUUCUACUGUCGUUAUGAUAUGUUUAGUAAUUUACGCUUCUCGCAGCUUCUCCGACAUGAUUGACUCGAUUAAUUCCAUCCUACCAGAGGAGCUUUAUCCAUCAGAUCAUCUAAUGCUAACUGCCAAAAUAGUUUUACAGCCUGAUGGCCCUCUUAUUCAAGUCAUAUCAUGA